AUGGCCGGGGCGCGCGGGCUGCUGUGUCUGUGGCUAAGUUGCUUCUGCCUGAACCUGGCACAGGGACAGAGACCAAACUUGCACCUCCCGGGACUCGGCCGGACUGAGCCAAGCGACCGCACGACAGGUGGUGGCCCGAGCCCUGACCUGCGGCCACAUGACAAGGUGUCGGAGCAUAUGCUGUGGCUCUACGACAGGUACAGCGGCAGCAGCAGAGACCAGGCUGCCAGGACCCCGGGCUCGCAGCUCCCGGGUCCCCAGCCCCUGCGCGGUGGUAACACGGUCCGCAGCUUCAGAGCCGCAGCCGCAGGAACUCUCCAAAGAAAGGGGUUGCACACUUUCAAUCUGACUUCUCUAACUAAGUCUGAGAACAUUUUGUCAGCCACGCUGUAUUUCUACAUUGGAGAAUUAGUGAACAUCAGCUUGAGCUGUCCAGAAUCCCAAGGAUGCUACCAUCACACUCAGAGACAUCACAUCCAGAUAGAUCUCUCUGCGUGGAUCCUCAAAUCCAACCAAAGCCAGCUCUUGGGUCAUCUGUCUGUAGAUGUGGUCAGACCUUAUGGAGACAGCAUGACUUGGCUGUCAAAAGACAUCACUCAGCUCUUAAGGAAGGCCAAACAAAAUGAGGAGUUUCUCAUAGGAUUUAACAUUACCCCCAGAGCACAUGAGCUUCCCAAGAGGAUGCUGCUUUUCCCAGAGCCUUAUAUUUUGGUAUAUGCCAACGAUGCUGCCAUUUCUGAGCCAGAAAGUGUGGUAUCUAGCUUACAGAGACACAGAGAUUUCACAGCAGGAAUUGUGCCCAGACUGGAUAGCCAUGUCAGAGAAGCCCUCUCUGUUGAGAGGAGGAAGAAGCGCUCUACUGGGAUCUUGCUGCCAUUGCAGAACAAUGAGUUACCUGGGGCAGAGUAUCAGUACAAGGAAGACGGAGUGUGGGAGGAGAGAAAGCCUUAUAAGAGUCUUCAGACUCAGCCCCCUGAAAAGAGUAGGAACAAAAAGAAACAGAGGAAAGGGUCUCAUCAGAAGGGACAGACACUGCAGUUUGAUGAGCAGACCCUGAAGAAGGCAAGGCGAAAGCAGUGGAUCGAACCUCGGAACUGUGCCAGGAGGUACCUUAAAGUGGACUUUGCUGAUAUUGGCUGGAGCGAAUGGAUUAUCUCCCCCAAGUCAUUUGAUGCUUACUAUUGCUCUGGAGCCUGCCAGUUCCCCAUGCCAAAGGUAGCCGCUCUCCUUUACCGUGUGCUCACUUUAUUUUUUCACGGGGUAGAAGAGUAUGCUAAAAUCUUUGAAGCCAUCAAAUCAUGCGACCAUCCAGAGCAUAGUGAGAGCGGUGGGGGUCGUCUCUGGAAUCCCCGAGCCUUGCUGCGUGCCAGAAAAGAUGUCCUCGCUCAGCAUCUUGUUCUUUGAUGAAAACAAGAACGUUGUGCUCAAAGUCUAUCCAAACAUGACAGUAGACUCGUGUGCUUGUAGAUAACCUAGCCGAGAACUCACCC